CAAGAACACACCUUUUGUAGGCAUAGGAUAAUUACAGCAAGAUCAAAUCGUCGCAUUCAUUUUCCGCAGCGGAAGCAUACAAGUAUCCAUCAGAAAAUCACUAAAACUUUUUCCGCGAAAAGGAGCAGGGAUUCAGAGAAUGUUAAGAAUAAUCGUGCUUAUCGUGAAAGUUUAAUGUGUACAGAGAAGAAAGCUCAUGCUAGAGGCUACGAUGUUCAGAUGAUUAGGGAAGUUCUGUUGGAGUGGAUAAAUGGGUCUGUUCUGAGGGCUAUGGUUGAUGCGGCUUUCAAACUCAAACCACAGCAGCUUCGGGUAGUAUUUCACCAUCGUCCUCUUCCUUCUUUCAUACGUAAGAGCAACAGUCACGCCGAAAAUGCGCUACCCAACUUCUGAUCUCGUAAGAACCUUCAUGCCCCUGCCGACUCUCAAAUUUAGAAACACAUCUCAUCACCCUAUAUCCUCUCUUAUAUCCUGAUUUCCCAACCUUCCACCCCAAUCCAUUAUGAAACGAAAUCACACUUCCCCCUGUCACUCGGAUCGGAAAUGGCUCAUGCCCACCAUUUCAGGUUUUAUUCUUUUAUUCUUUGUCCUCCUCUCCUUUCGUGGGCUUAGCAAAUCUUCUUUUGGUUCUGGAUCUUCCUAUGAUCAACCCAAUUUCACCCGUUUCGACCCAAAUGACGCCGUUGGAAACGGCGGAUUCGGGCUUCCGAUUUUGCCCAGAUUUGCGUACUUGAUAACAGGCACCAAAGGAGAUGGCCUGCAGCUCAAGAGGAUUCUUCAAACAGCGUAUCACCCCAGGAACUACUAUAUGCUGCAUCUUGAUCUCGAAGCUCUGGAUGCUGAAAGGCUUGAGCUUGCCAAGUAUGUGAAAUCUGAAGUUGUGUUUAGUGAGUUUGGGAAUGUGAUGGUGGUUGGUAAGGCGGAUUUGGUUACUUACAAGGGUCCAACAAUGAUUGCUUCUACCCUUCAUGGGAUUGCAAUGCUGCUGAAGCUGAAACAGGAUUGGGAUUGGUUUAUUAAUCUAAGCGCCUCUGAUUAUCCUCUCAUGUCGCAGGAUGAUCUUCUGCAUAUAUUUUCAUUCAUCCCCAGGGAUCUAAACUUCAUAGAGCACACAAGUAGUAUUGGCUGGAAGGAGAGUCAAAGAGCUAUGCCCAUCAUUAUAGAUCCAGGCUUGUAUCAUUCAAAGAAAUCUGGUGUUUAUUGGGCUAAGGAAAAAAGAUCUGUCCCAUCUUCUUUCAAGUUAUUCACGGGUUCUGAAUGGGUUGUUCUGACAAGAUCGUUUCUGGAGUUUUGCGUUUGGGGUUGGGAUAAUCUUCCACGCACUCUUCUGAUGUAUUAUACAAAUUUUGUUUCAUCCCCUGAAGGCUACUUCCAUUCUGUCAUCUGCAAUCACAAGGACUACCAAAACACCACCGUGAAUCAUGACUUGCACUACAUAAAAUGGGACAACCCUCCAAAACAGCAUCCUAUGUUGUUGAAAUUGGAACAUUUUGAUGACAUGGUCCAAAGUGGUGCACCUUUUGCUCGCAAGUUCGCCAAAGACGAUGCUAUUCUCAACAAAAUUGACACAGAAAUCUUGAAGAGAUCAGCUGGACAUUUUACACCUGGGGGUUGGUGCGUGGGCUAUUCUGUGCUGGGGAAAGAUCCUUGUGCAGUUUAUGGCAAUCCCAUUGCGGUUAAACCCACUUCAAGUUCAAAGAGGCUUGAGAAACUAUUGGUGAAACUAUUGGAUUCUGAUAAUUUCAGGUCGAAACAGUGUAAAUAACUGGGGAAAUAACUUUUCUACACUUUUCCUGUACAAAUAUAUUUUGAGACACGAGCUCAUGAAUGAAAUUCCAGAGAGAAUGACCUCCAGGGGUGAUUCAACGGAGCAUUUUGCAUCCAUCAA